GAUGAAUUAGCCUGGUUGUGGCUGAGACUUGAGUACCGAUUUGUUUUAGGUCUAACAGAUCCACAGGUGGAUUCAUGUCGUCAUCAUUUUCUUUUUCUCGCACGAGACAGUAGGUGACAGUAUAAUGUAAAGCUGUCUCGCGCGCCUGUCCCGGUCCUGCGUCGUACCGUCCCAUCUUCCGCGUACUGCGUCAUGGCGACACCGAGGAGAAAGUUACGCAUUUCCUAACCGGAGUUUAUGGACUAUCACUCCGGCAGUCAGCUCAUACACGUGUUAUGGUGGAUCACAGUGUUUCACAUGUCCCAGAAGCCCUGCUCUCAAAGAGAGGUGGCCCUUUUAAAAUGGAGGAGCUGGCUCUAAUGGCCUUGCUGGAGUGUCCUCUGUGUUGCGAACAGCUGGACGUGUCAGCCAAGGUCCUGCCCUGCCAGCACACUUUCUGUAUGUCCUGCCUGCAGAGGCAUGAGGUAGCACACUCCCAGCUGCUCUGCCCGGAGUGUCGCGCUCCUGUCCCAGCCAGGACGGUGGAGGAGCUUCCCACAAACCUCCUGCUAGUGCGACUCCUGGAGGGGCUCCAGGGCUCCUCGGGGCCUGGCAGGGACAGACGGACAGUACGCUAUGCAGUGCCCUUGGCCAGGGGUGGCUUGACAGUAAGGGAGGGUCAACAUCAGCAGGAGAGUCUACACAGAGAGAAGCAAGGGCACAGUGAGCUUGCUCUCAGAGCGCCACUGCAUAUCCAACGAGGUGAUUCGUCAGGAGAGCCGGUGCUCACGCCUGGUAACAGUAUCACCCCGAAACAAAAAGUGGAUGAGAACUGGCUCCACGGAAACGCUGCUGACAGUAGCGGUGCAUCUGUCACUGCCAGCACGCUGCAGGCCGCCAGCCAGAUGCCUCAGCUGCAGCCCCUCCAGCAGUCCCAACAUCCGGCUCUCUGCAGGGCACUGUUCGACUUUAACCCCGAAGAGAUGAAUCUGGAGGACAGUAAAUGUUGUCUCAGCUUCCUCAAGGGAGACAUCCUUACUGUCAUCAGACGGGUGGAUGAACACUGGAUUGAAGCCAAGCUGGGGGAUAAAGUUGGAGUUUGCCCUCUGCAGUUUACUGAGCUACUCUCUCAGCACCAGUCAACCUUUCCUAGCUUAUUGGAUGGUACUUCUGCUCCUGUCUGCCUGUUAUCCUGCCCGCCUGUCCAACAAGUUGUAGGGCCAAACUCAGUGGCUGCCAAAUUGCUAGAGGCAAAGAAUCGGAGGGCGAGUGACUCAGCAGAAUUUUACCAUCGGACUGGGAGUGGGGGCAAAGACAAGGCCACUGACGUAUCCACUAGGACCACCCAUUACGGAGUCCCUCAAGUCCCAGCAAAGACACCUAUUAUCAAUGCUUUGCCUCUCUCCAACCAGCGGAAACAGCCUGCAGCCAGCAACUUUUAUCAGACUCUCAAAGGGGAGAGAAACAACAUCAGCACCAUCAACGGCUUCAGCCGCCAGGGUCUGUCACACCGACCCUCUGUGCUUCCCGCCGCCCGGGGCCUCUAUCACCACUCCAGAGUGAACUCUCAGCGAAUAAGACGACACUCUGAGACAACACACAGACACCUGUUACAGAGUGAGAAGAAGAUGACCAGUGAGACUCCACCCACCAUCUCUAUGGCUCUGGUGAACCCCCAAAUGUCCUCUGCCUCUGCAGAUGGCAAAAACUCCUCCACACAGCAGCUUUCCAUCAGUGUGUGUGCUGUCUUGUACUCCUACAAACCUCGACGGCCAGAGGAGCUGGAGCUGAGGAAAGGCGAGAUGGUAGGAGUGUACGGAAAGUUCAAAGAAGGCUGGCUGCGUGGGUUAUCUCUGAGAACGGGCAAAGUGGGCAUUCUGCCCAGCAACUAUAUCUCGCCUGUUCUCAGAACCUCGGCCAGAAUCCUGGAGACCAAAGCAGCUAAUGUGUCCUCACAGUACAACACCGGCACCGGAAAGAAACCCACAGCUGCCAAGAAUCCUACUGUGGUCCUUGCUCUUGAUAGGGUAAACACUGAUGGAACGAUAUACUCAACAGGACAGGUCCCAUCUGCAUCAAAUGGAGCACAGCAUGCAAUGUCAUCCACCAGCACUGGAAAGCCGUCCCUCCAUGGGGGUGCACAAGGUUGGGACACUGUGAGACGGCUUUUUAACCCUCAUAGAGCCUCAAACCAUUCAUCCCAUUCGUCCAAAGUAAACGUCCCCUCCAACUCGCAGCAUUUUGCACAAGUUCAGGUAUCUGGCUACUCACCUGCCCUGCAGAGGAAGAAAAACAGCAGCAUCCUGUCCAACGCUGGCAGACCACUGGGCUGGAUGACUGAGCCAGCAGCGCCCUCUGCUGCUGCAGUGUUUAAGGACAGAGACUUCAGUGCCUCACAUGAGGCAACUUUUCAGCAUGACAAACAGCCGUCCAGUGGGCCUCACUCAAUUCUAGUCAGACCUGACUCACACAAGAACAACAUAGACAAGCCGGCAAAGUCAGUACGGUUCGUCACAAAUGAAGACUCCCCUCCUACAACACCUCGGAUUUCCUCCUGGUCGUCAGGAAAUCAGGUUCCUUCCAACAGCCGCCCAGGACCCAAUCCACUGGAGGUGUGGGCCCCGUCGCUCACUCUGGGAAGAGACGGACCGGGGAUCAUUCUCAAAGAAGGGAAAGUUUCUAUUCUCAGGAAAGGCCUCGAAACAGCCACAUCGGAUCUAAGUUCUAACCCACAGAAGCCAAUGUCAUCACAACCGUCUCUAUCGGCCGUGUCAGCUCAGUUCAGCCCCAGCAGACACAGAGUGACCACAACACAUUUAGCCCAGACGGACUCUGAGCUCAGUCUGCUUCAAGGAGAGCUGGUCCUCGUCCACAGACCUCGACCUGAUGGACGUGUUCUGGUUACUCAGGAGAGCAGUGGGCAAACAGGCUUAUUCCACUGCAGUGUUCUUCAGGCCCUCGAGAGGCUCAGCUGACUGUGUAGUACUACGGAGAGAAGUGUAUAUUUCUAUAUUCCAUGUGAUCAAACUGCCAAAUGACUGACAUGCUGAACAACAAGAUGCAUCAUAAGGUCCAAAGGUUAAUACUGCCAAAUGACAAUCCUUUAAAAGAUGUGUUUAUUUUCAUCUUGAGUGCAUAUGAGAGUGUGGUUAAAUUCUCCAGAGAUAUAUUGUGUGUCCUUUAAGGUACGUGCAUGUUUGUUACACAUGUGCUAUUAUAAUAUUUUGCACAAAAACACGUCCAAUGACUGUUUCUUGUUUAAUACCCAUGUUUCACGCAUUGGUUAGUGCCUUUGACAAAACCCACAGAGAACAAACAAACUAUAUUUAAAUAUGUUUAGAGAAAUUAUGGCGUCAAAUAUCUGUACUGCUUAUGUGGUAAUAAACUAUAC